AUGGUGAAAAUGAAUGAGGUACUUUAUGAAGGGAAUCCAUGUGUGCGGAAGGUUACACUGAAUAGACCGGAAAAACUAAAUUGCCUCACCUAUGGAAUGUUUUCUCAAAUGGAAAAGGCUCUGAAAGUGUACGAGAGCGAUCCCAAUAUCGAAGUUGUAAUUUUAAAGGGUAAGGGAAAAGCAUUUUGUGCAGGUGGAGAUGUCGUCAGAGUAAUUCAGUUAAUAAAAGCAGGACACUGGAGCUUUGGCGCAAGUUAUUACAGGAAACAGCUCACAUUAGACUAUCUAGUUGCUACAUACAAGAAACCUUUGGUGUCCCUCAUAAAUGGAAUUGUAAUGGGAGGUGGUGCUGGACUAACCAUGCAUGGAAGAUUUCGGAUUGUCACUGAGAAUGCUGUUUUUGCAAUGCCGGAAGCAUCAAUAGGCCUUUUCCCUGAUGUUGGAUCAUCACACUUCCUCUCUAGGCUGCCAGGCCAUUUUGGAGAAUAUUUAGGGCUAACUGGAGCAAGAAUAGAUGGAGCUGAAAUGCUUGCAUGUGGCCUUGCAACCCACUUUGUCCUUUCAAAGGAUCUUCAGUCAUUAGAAGAUGCUCUAUGUGAUGUGGUUUCUUCAGAUGCAUCAACUAUAUUUGAGGUCAUCAACAAAUUCACACAUAAAGCAUAUAUAAAGCCAGAUAGCUCUUAUAAAAGAUUGGGCGUCAUCAACGAAUGCUUUUCUAGAAAAACUGUUGAAGAAAUAUUGUUAACUCUGGAAAAUGAAGCUACUGUAGAAGCAGAAAAGUGGGUGGUUGAUGCAGUAAGUUAUAUGAAGUCAGCCUCACCAACAGGUCUUAAAAUUUGUCUACGAUCUAUUAGAGAAGGACGAAUGCUCAAACUUGAAUCUUGUCUGUUACGAGACUAUACUGUUGUUUCUCACUUUAUGCGAAGAACAGUGAACAGUGAUUUCUUUGAGGGUGGAAGAGCAAUGUUAUUUGACAAAAGCAGAGAUCCAAAGUGGCAGCCUUCAAAACUGGAGCAGGUCAGUGAAGAAAUGGUGGAUCAGCUUUUUGCCAAAGUCCACGAUGACGAUUGGGAGAUUUUGAAACUCCCUCAUGGACGCAGUCUGACCAAUACUGGGAAACCAAAGCUCUAGGACUUACCUAUACAAUCAUUUGAAUCAUCAACGUAUCAUUCUUCUGAAACAAUUUAAAUUUAAAAGUGCCUAGUAGUACUUUCUCAUAGUUCAAGAUAAACGAUCGAGGGUUCCAUUUUAAUGCCCCUCAAUUUUUUUCCCUCAACCAGUUGGCGGAAUGGUUCUUGGCUAAGUCCAGUGAUGAUUCACAUCCUCCAGAUUGUUGGUGUUUAAUGCCUACCGUUAUUUGGUGCAUCUGGACCGUUGUGCUCAAGCCAAUCACCAAUUGAUACGUAAGCAAGUGUGUAAGAUUUACGUCAGUUUUAUUCCACUUUUUGCUUAUGUGUCAGUUAAUGAUUGGCCGCGGGACCAUAUAAUAAUUUCGGAGGUUGCUUUCUCCUGU